AUGCCUAGUGCGGAUCCAUAUCCUUGGGCUAGUUUGCGUCCCGACAACAAAACUAUCUUUCCUGUUUUGUUUCCAGUUGUAUACUGCGAUGUGCCUGCUAUUGCUAAUGGAACAGCCGACAAGACAUCCGUCAAAUUUACACAUAGUGUAACCUAUUCGUGCGAUGAGAAGCACGUGCUCAUGGGAAGUUCAACGGCAAGAUGCCAAGCUGAUGGAACCCUCACCUCAGUCCCUUUCUGCGAGGCCCUGCCCCCUACAACCAUUCCAACCACCACGCCAGCAACAACCGCCCGCAAAAAUCUAGGAAACACUGCUGGCAGACCUACUACACGAGGGGACAGUUCGGCUGAAUCAGAUAGCGGUCCCAGCGAUCCUGAGACAAAGAGCCAUACGCCGACAGAAGAGAACAAUGGUACACAGAGCCACAAUGUUAAAACCAAAGCUGCAAUCGCCGCCAGUCCUGUCGACGAGACUGGGGCAUCAGACGACAAAAGUACCAGUGGGAAAAACUCGAAUGCCAAACCGGUUUCUGGUACCACCCUGCAAGGUGAAGGUUUGCCUACUUCAAAUAGUGGUUCCACUAAUCCCGAUAAGAAGUGGAAUACCCCGACAGGAAAGGGCAAUGGUGCACAGAGCCAAAGUGUUAGCACCAAUGCUCCAAUCGCCACAAGUCCUCAAGAAAAGACUGAAACAUCCGGUGUCAAAAAUACCAGCAGGCACAACUCUAAUGCAACACGCAUGCCUAGUCCCAAGACUGAAGGUGAAGGUCCGGCUGCUUUAUAUAGCGGUUCGUCUAAUCCCGAAAACAAGAGGGACACACCGAUGACGAAGAUCAAAAGUUUAAAUAGCCAAGGAGUCGCCUUUCCUUCAAUAGCCUUAAAUCCUCAGGACAAGACUGGAUCAUCAGUAGACAAGAGUACCAGCAGAUACAACACUAACGGUGCACCCGUUUCUAGUAUCCCUCCUGAGAUCAAGAGUGAUGCACCGAUAAACAAGACCAAUAGCACAAAGAACCAAAGUGUUGCGCUUAUUGUCCCAAUGGCCUUGAAUCCUCAUGAUGAGAAUGACACAUUGGACGACGAGAGCGCCAACGGAGACAACUCCAAUGUCUCGUUCGCUGCGCUGACAACCUCCAAAUCGUCCGCACGAUUUAUCACUGAAAGUUCUCGCAGAAAGGGCGCCAAUGGUGAUGGCAAUGGUGAUGAUGACAACGACAGCAUUGUGCUUCUUUUCUCACCGCUGAUUUUUGCUGGCUGCGCGGUCCUUGCUUUCAUCGGAUUCAUGGUGCGACGGAAUCGCUUGCGGAGAGAAGAAGCUUACAAGAUGGAAUUGGAAAACUUCGAAGACGCAUUCCAAAAUCCCAAAAACUUGGAUGAAAUGAACAAAGCGGAAGAGGCAGACCAGACACAGGACCAGGAACAGCCGAAGAGUGAACUAGCAGACGAGCACAUCACAGCGCCACAAUCUGAUCGCUCUAGCACAAGUAACCCGCACGCCCAGGAAGUCCCUCAUAUACAGGUGGGACAAUUGCCAGUGUUCUUGCCAGAGGAUGUGUCCGUUAUGGAACAGGACAUCGACGCGCUUGCCCAUAUGCUCGGGUCGCCCCUUCCACCCAGGCUGGCACAGUCCCAUUCCACUGGGAGCGCUUAUGGCUCACAGUGGUCCGUGGCAGAUGAGUUGCAGCUUUCCGGUCGGGACCAUGGAUGCGCUUUGCCUAUCAGCAGCACUGGUAUGUCCGUCAGUCAACCUUCUGCUGCCGAGAUUGGCAAGCGCUUACACCUUGAGCAACAUGGUGCAAGUGGGCACAAAUCCCAACCGCAGUGUUUCAGUGUGGCAGAUCUCACACAGGCCCUGGCCCAUAGGGCUGGGACCCACCAGGGCUUGCACACACUGCCGGUCAAACAGCGCAUGCUUGGAUCAAGAGGCCUGUCCAAGUCGAAUUCAAACGCCAGCGUUCACAGCGCCCAUACGUUUGUAGCAGACAGUAUGCAAGACACAGUCGCCGGAUAUCUCAAGGGUGCGGUCAGUAGCAUUGCUCGUGGCGACAGCUUCCGAAGCACGGCUAGCUUCAAUUCUCCCACCACAACACUGAACCAAUCCCAGGACCUAGCUCCUAACAGCUACCAGACCUUCACGGUGGAUGCCAUUUCGCAAACCGAGUCCUUCUACGACGAUGUGAUGGCGGACGAGGUUCCGAGGAGUCCGUCCAAGAAGAAGAAGAAGGGAUCCAAGAAACAGUCUGCCCACGCUGCAACUGGCCUGGAUCAGGCAUUGGAACCCAGGGGUAACGUUGAGCCGUCCUUUUCCGCCGAUACUGUCGGCUAUGAUGAAGUAGAAUGCCAGGCAAGUAUGAGUAGCUACGGUACCGUGACCCGAACAGCUGGCUUCGACCGACCACGAAUGAGCAGGGCAUCCGGAAUCGAACGCCGCCAAUCAGAGCUCGUCGGGCAAGUCGAUAAGCGGGGAGAAGCCCAGGUCGCCCUGAGCCUACCUGUACAGUCAGAUCUGGUCACGGAGAUUGACGACAAGGAGUACGAACCCCUGACUCCCUACCAGCUGGCAGCUGCUGCCGCAGCCUCGGCCAGUCGCGAAAAAUCCGCACAGCGUGCACAGGCAACUUUAAGCCGUGGUCUAAAAUAAAACCUUAACUUUAACGUGGAAUGUCCGCCGAACGUUUAGUAGUAAAAUCACUAACUAAGCACAGAAACUCUGCUCUCUUCUAUGGUUUGUGCCCAGCUAGUGUGUUUCUCCGGUAUCACGGACUAAAGAAUAGUUAGGAAGCGGGGUUCACAAUAUUUAUACAAUUGGUGUCAUUCAUUUUGUACAAUUUAUUUCGCUUUUGCUUCAGCGUAGUGCUGAGGUUCAUUCGCCCGCUGGUAUUGUCCUACUUUCCUCUCUCUGUAUUUAUGUAUCCCUUUUUCCCUAGCUCUC